GCCUGUCCUCCCCAGCGGCUGCGGUAGCACCAGCGCCGGCCGCCACCGCCUUUGGAACGCGGCGGCGGAGGAGGAGCGGCCGGAGGAGGAGAAGGAGGAGGAAGAGGAGGCCGGCCCCGGGGAGCGGGAUGUCCAUCGCUCCGGCGCGGUGGUGAAUGCUGAGGAGAGUCACGGUUGCUGCAGUCUGUGCCGCCGGGAGGAAGUGGUGGCGUGAGGCCGGGCGGGAGCUCGCGGUGCUGUGGAGUGGCGGAGCGCGAAGUGGGCGCGAAGCCUCGGCUGCUGGCGGACCGUUUCCUUCCCCAAUCAUGCCCGGGAGGAACAAGGCCAAGUCGACCUGCAGCUGCCCGGACCUGCAGCCCAAUGGACAGAAUCUGGACGAGAGCGGCCGGGUUGCCCGCCUAGGAGCCGAUGAGUCGGAGGAGGAGGGACGGAGGGGGUCUGUAAAUAAUGCCGGAGACCCGGAGAUCGUCAAGUCUCCCAGCGACCCCAAGCAAUACCGUUACAUCAAAUUAAGGAAUGGCUUACAGGCACUUUUGAUUUCGGAUCUAAGUAAUACAGAAGGGAAAAUGGGAGAUACAACAGAUGAUGAAGAGGAAGAUGAAGAUGAUGAUGAUGAUGAUGACGACGACGAUGAUGAUGAAGAUUCUGGAGCUGAAAUAGAAGAUGAUGAUGAAGAAGGUUUUGAUGAAGAAGAGGAAUUUGAUGAUGAUGAACAUGAUGAUGAUAUUGAUACUGAGGAAAAUGAAUUGGAAGAAAUAGAAGAGAGGGUAGUAGAAGUUAGAAAGAAAACCACAGAAAAACAGCAAUCGCAGAACCUGUGUUUGCGGUGGUCAAAGCUGACUGAUAGACUGUGGUUUAAGUCAACUUUUUCACAAAUGUCUUCAACCCUGCUGGUCGAGACAAGAAAUCUUUAUGGGGUAGUUGGAGCUGAAAGCAGGUCUACACCUCUUCAGUCUUUGACAGGAUGGCAAGAGGAGGAGCAGCAGGGUGAAACUGACACAGUUCUGUCUGCGGCGGCUCUUUGUGUUGGCGUUGGCAGUUUUGCUGAUCCAGAUGACCUGCCUGGCCUGGCACACUUUCUGGAGCACAUGGUAUUCAUGGGGAGUUUGAAGUAUCCAGAUGAGAAUGGGUUUGAUGCCUUCCUGAAGAAACAUGGAGGUAGUGAUAACGCUUCAACUGAUUGUGAACGUACAGUUUUUCAGUUUGAUGUCCAGCGAAAAUACUUCAAGGAAGCCCUGGACAGAUGGGCCCAGUUUUUCAUCCAUCCACUAAUGAUCAGAGAUGCAAUUGACCGUGAAGUUGAAGCUGUUGAUAGUGAAUAUCAACUUGCAAGACCUUCCGAUGCAAACAGAAAGGAAAUGUUGUUUGGAAGCCUUGCUAGACCUGGACAUCCUAUGGGGAAAUUUUUUUGGGGAAAUGCGGAGACUCUCAAACAUGAGCCAAAAAAGAAUAAUAUCGAUACACAUGCCAGAUUGAGGGAUUUUUGGAUGCGUUACUACUCUGCUCACUAUAUGACUUUAGUGGUGCAGUCCAAAGAAACACUGGAUACAUUAGAAAAGUGGGUGACCGAAAUCUUCUCUCAGAUACCAAACAAUGGGUUACCAAAACCAAACUUUGGCCAUUUAACGGAUCCAUUUGACACACCAGCAUUUAACAAACUUUAUAGAGUUGUUCCAAUCAGAAAGAUUCAUGCUCUGACGAUCACCUGGGCCCUUCCUCCUCAACAGCAGCAUUACAGGGUGAAGCCACUUCAUUAUAUCUCCUGGCUGGUCGGACAUGAAGGCAAAGGCAGCAUUCUUUCUUACCUUAGAAAAAAGUGCUGGGCUCUUGCAUUAUUUGGUGGAAAUGGUGAGACAGGAUUUGAACAGAAUUCUACCUACUCAGUAUUCAGCAUUUCUAUUACAUUGACUGAUGAGGGUUAUGAACACUUCUAUGAGGUCGCUCAUACUGUCUUCCAGUAUUUAAAAAUGCUGCAGAAGCUUGGCCCAGAAAAAAGAAUUUUUGAAGAGAUUCAGAAAAUUGAGGAUAACGAAUUUCAUUACCAAGAACAGACAGAUCCAGUGGAGUAUGUGGAGAACAUGUGUGAAAACAUGCAGCUGUACCCACUGCAGGACUUUCUCACUGGAGAUCAGCUGCUGUUUGAAUACAAGCCAGAAGUUAUUGCUGAAGCCCUUAAUCAGCUAGUUCCUCAAAAAGCAAAUCUUGUUUUACUCUCUGGUGCUAAUGAGGGAAAAUGUGACCUCAAGGAGAAAUGGUUUGGGACUCAGUACAGUAUGGAAGAUGUGGAAAACUCUUGGACUGAACUGUGGAAGAGUGAUUUUGAAUUAAAUCCAGAUCUUCAUCUUCCAGCUGAAAAUAAGUACAUAGCUACGGACUUCAUGUUGAAGGCCUUUGAUUGCCCUGAGACAGAAUAUCCUGUUAAAAUUGUAAAUACCCCUCAAGGUUGCCUGUGGUAUAAGAAAGACAACAAAUUCAAAAUUCCCAAAGCAUAUAUACGUUUCCAUCUGAUCUCACCUUUGAUACAGAAGUCUGCAGCAAAUGUGGUCCUCUUCGAUAUCUUUGUCAACAUCCUUACUCAUAACCUUGCGGAGCCAGCAUAUGAAGCAGAUGUGGCACAACUGGAGUAUAAGCUCGUAGCUGGAGAACAUGGCUUAAUUAUUCGAGUGAAAGGAUUCAAUCACAAACUACCUCUCUUGUUCCAGCUUAUUAUUGACUACUUAGCGGAAUUCAACUCCACCCCCGCCGUCUUCACCAUGAUAACGGAGCAGCUGAAGAAGACCUACUUUAACAUUCUCAUCAAGCCUGAGACUCUGGCCAAAGAUGUGCGGCUUUUAAUUCUGGAGUAUGCCCGUUGGUCUAUGAUUGACAAGUACCGUGCCCUGAUGGAUGGCCUUUCCCUGGAGUCUUUGCUGAGCUUUGUCAGGGAAUUCAAAUCCCAGCUCUUUGUUGAGGGCCUGGUGCAAGGAAAUGUCACGAGCACAGAAUCUACGGAUUUCCUGAAGUAUGUUGUUGACAAACUGAACUUCACACCUCUGGAGCAGGAGAUGCCUGUGCAGUUCCAGGUGGUUGAGCUGCCCAGUGGCCACCACCUCUGCAAAGUGAGAGCCCUGAACAAGGGGGACGCCAACUCGGAAGUCACCGUGUACUACCAGUCAGGUACCAGGAGCCUGAAGGAGUACACGCUCAUGGAGCUGCUGGUGAUGCACAUGGAAGAGCCUUGUUUUGAUUUCCUUCGAACUAAGCAGACCCUUGGGUACCAUGUCUACCCAACCUGCAGGAACACAUCUGGAAUUCUGGGAUUUUCCGUCACUGUGGGGACGCAGGCAACCAAAUACAACUCCGAAGUGGUUGACAAGAAAAUAGAAGAAUUUCUUUCUAGCUUUGAGGAGAAGAUUGAGAACCUCACUGAGGAUGCAUUCAAUACCCAGGUCACAGCUCUGAUCAAGCUCAAGGAGUGUGAGGACACCCACCUGGGGGAGGAGGUGGAUAGAAACUGGAACGAAGUGGUGACGCAGCAGUACCUCUUUGACCGCCUUGCCCACGAGAUCGAAGCACUGAAGUCAUUCUCAAAAUCAGACUUAGUCAACUGGUUCAAGGCUCACAGAGGACCAGGAAGUAAAAUGCUCAGUGUCCAUGUUGUUGGAUUUGGGAAGUAUGAGACAGAAGAAGAUGGCGCCCCCUACAGUGAAGAUUCAAGCUCUUCUUGUGAUGCGAUGCAGUUAACCUACCUGCCAACCUCUCCUCUGCUGGCAGAGUCCACCAUCCCCAUCACUGAUAUCAGGGCCUUUACAUCAACACUUAACCUUCUCCCCUACCAUAAAAUAGUCAAAUAAACUGCAGUCUUGUUGGCCUGAAGAA